CGCGAGCCUCGUGGGAAGGUGGCGGCCGAGAUGGGGGGUACCAUCUUUUGGGGCACCACCUUCUUCAUCGCCCUGGAGGUUGGCUUCUACUUUUUCGUCAACACCACCUGGAAGGCGGGCGACAGACAGCUGCAACACCUCCUGUUCGCCACGUCCGUGUUCUGUUGCUGGAUGAUGUGGGCCAUCAUCUACAUGGCGCAGAUGAACCCGUUGGUGGUGCCGGUCCUGUCGGGACCGGAAUGAGAGACGUCCCCUCACGUGACGAGGGAAUCAAUAAUGUCAGCAUCCUCCACCCGUGUACGUUGAACCGAAUAGCCGCCGCAUGUAACAACGAUGAAUAGACCUC